AGAUUUUCUAGCAAAUAUAAGGAACAUCGUAUUAAACUGUGUAAUAUUUCAAAGUGAUUUCAAAAUGUCAGACAAAAAAUAAAUGGAAUUGGAUUUUCAGAAACCCCAUUUUAUUAUAUACAGUAUUAUCCCUGAAUUUUCUUAAUCUGUGUUUCAUAAAGUCUUGUCUAAUUUGUACAUGAUGGUAUUUUUGUAUUCUGUUUAGAUGCAUUGUGAUUUUUGUAAUUGAUGACAUUUAUUGUCUGUUGUCUGUUUAUACUGUAACAAAAAAAACUUGUUUAAUGUGAAAAUAAAAAUAACACUUGUUGGGUGAAUAUUACUUGAAGGAUAAUGGAUGCUGUCGGAUAAUGGACCUGACUUCAUCUCUGGUCCGAGGGAAUCAUGCAGUUAUCUGACGUCAUCUCCAUACAGUCGAACGCAUGAGCACGCGACCGAAUAAAAUCCACUCAGACAGCACUUUCACCAAUGUCUUUGUACGACAAAUAUGCAAUACUUUUAACGGAUAUGUCACUUUCUCAAUUUUGCUGAAAAUGUGUGGAGAGGCUGCAACUAAUUGAAAUAUCGGUGGGAAAAUUAUCGCUAUAUAAAAUGUUACAUUUUCAGACCGGAAACUACACUAUUUGAUUAUAGCUCUCUGGCUAUUUUUUGCCAUUGAUAGAAACUCCAGAGGGCGGGGUUUGUCUCGUGCUCGGACGGGAGAUCACAGACGCCAGAAGCAGGUCCGGUUGGUAAACCAGCAAGGGGCAUCCUUUUCUUUAAGGGUGUACUUCUGACUUGCCGUGAUGAAUUAAAAAGAUGCAUCGGACAAGAUUAUUGUACAAUCUCUGAGAAUUUGACAAUUUGCGUAUCCAAGCGACGCCCAGAUGAGUUGGCUCUACAUACUACACAUAGUGGCCUUUGUAAUGAUCUGACAGGUACUCUCUGUAAUGUUAGGCUAUAUAGCUGUGGGUUGUAAUAAUAUUUUCCUUUCAGUAUGCUAUGACUUAUGCGUAACAAAUAUGGUUACUACUAAACCCCUAAAUAAACAAAUAGCCUAGGCUAUAAGCUAAAUUUGUAAAAUAAUAUUUGGUGAGUGGCUUUUGUGCAACGCCAGGCGUGGCUGCACCUUGAUGUUAUGAGUUAAUUAUUCAUCUCUACUGUGACUUCUUGGGAUGCAUAGCCUAUACACGCAAUAUCAAAAAUCAGUAACUGUAUGGUGGAACGCAAUAUAGCUGCAAGGGUGGGUAGGCUAUAUAAAACUAUAUUUCCCCCACUAGACAAGCCCUGCGCCAACAGAUAAGCCUGUCUGCAGCUCCUCUCUAGACAAUACACCAACCCAGGGCAUCUGCUGAUUCUCUCGGAUUUUGGCGAGCACUAGUUGCAGAUCCAGCAAAUAAAAACAUCGCUGGUACCCCAGAGUUUUCAUGUUAUAUAGUAUAAUAGCGCUCGAAGCGUCUUAUAUAUUUUUCAGAAUAAUUAACAAGUAUCCAUUCGUAGAAAGUAGUGUGUUUUCGCCAGCGGAUCAGUUUUUAUUGAUCCGACUAGGAGUGGAUAGGAACGUUAACGCAUCGUCUGCCAAUCAGCUUCACGGUUGUGGAAUCAGCAUCUCGCCUGUUCCGGUGCGAUACGUUGUAUUUUAUUAUACGAUUACGUUGUCCUUCAUCUACGGAGUCAGAAGGUGAAUUUUACUCGGGGACGUGGGGUGUGCUUAUGAAUCGUUGUGUAUUAGCCUACAUUUUUAUGUUUAGGUGAUGUUAAAAAGGAAAGAAUUAAUGAGAGUUUACGCUUUAAGGCGUUUUGGUUAUUGGAUGGACGUAUCUUCAAAGUGUACAUUUGAAAGUGGAGGCAAAUUGUAAGAACUUAUAACAGCGUAAAUGUGCACUCCCUUGUAUAUUCCUUUGGCUAGUCCUCCUUGAAAUGGAGUAUUCACUGAUGUGAUUUCGCUGUCUUCGUCCUAAAACCUCGUUAUUUCUCAAACGCACCAUGAACUCCCAUUAUGGACAUACUGGUUUUAAUUUCUCUCUGUGGCCGGGGAAGCGGCUGUAUACGCUCUCGGGUUUAGGGCAAAACGCUGACCACCCAUCCUCUCAGAUUUACUGAUCUCACUGUGGAUCCUUGAAUUACAAAACGGGUCAGGGCACGUGUUGCCAUGGAUACGAGCUGGCUGGCACUGCAGGUGGAGAGGGUGGAGCGGAGUGUGGCAUUCCUGAGGCAGGAUCAGCUGGCACUGCUGGAGGGCCUACAUGUGGAGAUACUGUCCCUGCAGAAACGCUGCACUGAUCUGACCUGUGAGUUGGAACUACAGCCCCCACGACGCACCCUGGCAGAGGUGGAGGCAGAGGAGGAGUUCCUGAUCGGGAGGUGUCAGGAGGUGGAGAUGCGGCUGGAGGAGGAGCAGUGGACGGUGGGGGAGCUGCAGCAGGAGCUGAGCCAGAAGGGGGCGCUGGUGAGGGCGCUGCGCUGCAGCCUGCGGGACGAGGAGCGGCGCUUCCUGCAGGAGCUGAAGCAGCGCAGCCACAGGAGCGCCGAGCUGCGCGCGCAGCUGCGCGUCCAGACCGAGGCCGCCGCCUACCUGGCCUUCCAGCUGCACUCCGCCCGCCACCACCUGCACCACCAGCACCUGCAGUGGCCGCCGCCCCCGGCCCCGCCCCCGGCCCUGGCCACUCCCCCGGCUCCGCCCCCAGCCCUGGCCACGCCCCCGGCACAGCGCCACGCCCUCCGUGCAGAGAGAGCCAGGGAGUGCGUGCCCCGUGAGAGGGUGACCGCCCCGGAGGACCCCACCCCCAUGCCGGACCCCGCCCUCUUCCUCCACCCUCGCAGGGGCAGGCCCCGCCCCCCGGCCGAGCAGACGGACGGGCAGGAGGAAGGGGAGGGGGAAGGGGAGGAGGACGGCGUGACGGGGGAAGGGUGCAGUGGCAGUCGGUUGGACACAGCCUGCGCAGCGAUGUGUCAUCAGCCUGCGUCGCGGAACUACGCCAACGAGUCAUCACCGGGGGACGUGGACACCCCUGAGUUAUAAACCAAACACCGGCAGGGUUCUGCUUCGUGUUUCCACGGUUUUUUUUCUUUAGAAAUAAGGAAGCUGCUCCGGCCUGGUUCCUGUUCUGAAUGUGAAACAUCUCUUAAAGGGACAUUUCACUUUCUGAGGCUGCUUGAUGUUAUUUGAUUGGCCCAGACAGUUUUUAUGUGCAAUGAACAAUACUUUCGAUACUUACACAUAUCAGUGACCCCCAGCCUGCUUUACAGUGGCUGGUAUAGGGAAUCUGUGUGUUUGUGAACUCUACCAUAUGAACAGAUUAAUCGUACAGCAUUCAUUCACAACAGUAAACAUAAAUAUUUGUUUUAUGUGAUGCUGGUACUUCUUUUUUUGAGCACAGCAGUCUCAGGACGCACGCACCAUAGGAAACUGUUCCAACCAAAAGAAAGAUUAAACUUUAAUUUUUGAAGACUAAUUGGGUAAUCCAGACUUAAAAUUUGUGGGUGUAUAAUGUCACUGUGCAAGCUACUCUGGAGUCACUUUAAGUAUAUUUUAUUGGUUUAUACCCCAAACCCCUGAAUGGCCCUAUGACAGCCAUUGUACAGUCGGCAGGUCAUCGCAAACCGUUCUGAAUAUCUAAGAAGCUGUCCAUCAUGCACAAAAAACUGUCUGGGGCCAGUUUGAAAACACCGAAACUGAAAUGCUAUCAAAAAACUCAGAAAGUGAACUAUUUCAUCACCGUCAGGCAAACCCUUCCUCUGUCAUCAUCACAUGCAUCAUGACCAUCAUCUUCAUCAUCGGUACCGUCGUCAAUGUAGUUUACACCCGUGCUGCAGCUAGGUGUAUACUACUGUCUUUGUUCAGGUUAAUAACGUAAUUGUUAUAAAACUCCUUUGUUUCUCUGUUGUCAUUAAUUAAUUUUUUUAAUGGAGGACAGAGCUAGUGAGGCCAGUAGUUAGUAGAUUUGAAAUAUAUCCUCUGUAGAAAUUCUCCACUGUAUGAACAUUAAGAUGGAGAGAGCUGGAUUGAGGCAUUACAGUGGGUUUGUCUCAGCUCGGGAGAAUAACAUAGAAUGCCAUUGAAUGGCAAAGCAACAGGCGCCAUCAAGUGGUGGGGUGAUGGAAUUGCACUCUAUUACAGUACUAGGGAAUGUGUGUUUUGUGUAUGUUAAAUGGUAUAAAAUGGCUAUGCCAUAAAACAUAAGCCUCCUAUCUUUAAUAGACCGUAUAUACAAGUAAUACAACAGAUAAAGACGUGUAUCUGAUAUUGUAGCAAAGAGCUUUUUAGUGUGUGAUUAUUUAAUGGCUGGUAUUCAAAUGUAAUUAUUUUAGAGAAUGCUUAGAUAAGUAAUGAAAUGUAUUCACCUUAAUAUUUUACUUGCAAUUACAAAUUUGAGCCUUACCAGAGAAAUGUGUACUCCGGUCGAAAAUACCCAGCAGUGACUCCCAUCACGAUAAAUCUCACUGUGACUUUUACUCUGGUUAACCUCACAGUCCCUGUUUUGCUGAAAUCAGAUACAACAUCAUCCAUGUUGGGUCAAUGUUGGGUUACUGAAAUUACUGGUCCAGCUUUGUGAGAGACGCAUUGCAUACAGUAGCUUCACAUUGGGCUUGUUACAUCGUCACAUCUCUCAGCAAGACAGAUCAGUGGAAAACAAACUGUCCGACAUAAUUCACAUUUCUAAUUUAAAAAUGUUUCCGUUGAUGGUCGUCGUCUGAAAGCCGAACAGUUUGUCCGUCUCUGAAUGGACAGGGGGCUGUUGGCAGGCUGCUCGACUGUUGAGGCAGUGGAGAGGUUCUCUUGCGUGUUGUAAGCUGAGAUGACCUUGAGCCUGCAGAUGUUGUCAUCCAAGGAACGUUGGGCCUCUGCUCUUCAAGUACAUCACUGGCAGGGGGCAACCGAACUACCCACCUACCCCGUAAACUACAGUCUGCUGGUAGCUGAAUGGCCAGACCUUGUUUUGAGUGGGUCAGAGCUGGAUAAUGGUCGUUUCCCCACAAGAAAGGGAAGAUUGACUUGUUCAAUUUCAUAUGCAUUAAGAUGGUUGGGUGUAAGAUUUCUAUACUUCUCUGCAGUACAUUGUUGUAUUGUAUUUUAAAUGCUAUUUCCAUAUUGCAAAGGGUAUUUCCAAUUUGGUAAUUUUAAUACAGUGGAAAGUCAGUUCAAUGCUCGAACACUUAAUCAGAAAUAAGACUGAGUUGGAUUUCAUGUUACAUUUUGUCUGGGAGUGUACUGUAACGUUUCUCGUUUAUAGGCCUAUAUGUUUUUUUUAUUUUCCAACUUGAGUGAAAGACCUUGAUUUUGUUAAAUUUUCCUCAGGCGUAUGUUCGGCCGGUUUUAGCUGUGGCAAUGCCGUCUCUUAGAUAUUACUGGAAUUUUGCUUUUAACCGAAACAGAAGUCGGCAGCUGCUACGUUCGUUAAAAUACUUGUAUUUCUUAAUUUUAAGUAAAAAAUGACCACCGAAAUCAGUGGGAGACUGUUCUAACAUCACGCAAAUGGCGUUAAAUGCCUGUUCGCACUUUCUAGCAAUAACGUACUCUUUUAGACACAAAUUAUGCAGUGACUUCAGGGAUCUCUGAUCCGGUGAUCCUUUUCUGAUUCACACCCAGUUCAUUUGGUGUGUUAUCCUAGACCGAGUCUCCCUAAACCCGUCAGUGCCGCACCUACUGUGGUUUCUCAACAUACAUCUUGCAACUGUAUACUUAUUUGAAUAAAUUUGAAAAUUAACUAAA